CGCCGGCUGUGGCGUCUGCACCUGCUCUGCGCCGUUCGGGUCCGACCCCUCCGUCGUCCUCUCGCGCCGGCCUACCUCGCCCCUUGACGCCAUGACCACCACCACCACCUUCAAGGGCGUCGACCCCAACAGCAGGAAUAGCUCCCGGGUUUUGCGGCCUCCAGGUGGUGGAUCCAAUUUUUCAUUAGGCUUUGAUGAACCAGCAGAACAACCUGUGAGGAGGAACAAAAUGGCCUCUAGCAUCUUUGGGACACCUGAAGAAAAUUCUCCGUCUUGGGCCAAGUCCACAGAUGCCAAGUCCAGUGGUGGUAGGGAAGAUACCGAGUCAUUUGGACCCCAGAGAAGGAACUCGAUGGAAGCAAGCUCUGGAGACUUCUUAGAUCUGAAGGGAGAAAGUGACAUUCAUGAAAAUGUGGACACAGACUUCCAAGCCAGCCUGGGACAGAGCGAGGAGAAGCCCGUGCCCGCCGCACCCGUGCCCAGCCCAGUGGCUCCGGCGCCCGUGCCAUCCAGAAGAAACCCACCCGGUGGCAAGUCCAGCCUAGUGCUGGGUUAACUCCACCCAUCCUAAACUCUGUCGUUUUGUUUGUUUGUUUGUUUUCUCCAUGCUUGUGAACUGCACAACUUGAGCCUGACUGUACGUCUUUUGGAUUUGUUUCAUUAAAAAAGAAGCACUU